GUGAAAUUGGAUCCCUUACUCUAGGUGUAUAUAACACCAUUCCUGCCGCCUUAAUACGAGAGGAGCAUCUCCACAACAAAUGAAUGAGGUGAGAAACAAUCAUCAGAAGAAACAGCCGGCAUUUAAGUAAUCGCUCACGUUAAGCAGCAAGCCAACAGAAUAUCUACCGUGAAACAGAAAUGUCUGAAGAAGGUAAACGAAACACUGAAAACGAGGAUUCUAUUGUCCAUGUGUAUGACAAUCCAUCAUUCCAAAAAGAAGAAGAAAAUGAAGUGGAAUUUUCAGAAAAUGUCAGCAAAAAGAAAAAGAAGAAAAAUAAAAAAGAAGAAAGUAAAAAGUUAGUGGGAAUAUUCCAGCUGUUCCACUAUGCUGAUGCUUGGGAUAUCAUAUUGAUGAUAAUAGGUUUAGUCUGCUCUGCAGCACAUGGCGUUGCACUACCGAUAAUGAUCAUUGUGUUUGGACAAAUGACUGAUAGCUUUGUGGGCAGUGGCAUGCAAGUAAAUAUCACAGUAAACUUCACACUGAAUGCAAGUAGUUCAAACUGCCCUCAAUUGACUGGGGUGGAUAUUCAAGCAGCUAUGACAAGAUAUGCAUAUUAUUUCAUCGCCAUUGGAUUUUCUGUUUUGGCUCUUGCUACAAUUCAGGUAGCAACAUUUCUGCUGAGCUCUUCAAGACAGACACAAAGGAUCCGUGAAAAAUUCUUUUACGCAGUUCUUCAUCAACACAUGGGCUGGUUUGAUGCACAUGAAUUAGGAACAUUAAACACAAGACUGACUGAUGAUGUUAAUAAAAUAAAAGAAGGCAUUGGAGACAAAAUCUGCAUCUUUCUUCAGUUCUUCUGUACCUUCAUAGCAGGGAUUAUCAUAGGAUUUGUCCAUGGCUGGAAGCUUACAUUGGUUAUUUUGUCAGUCAGCCCUCUCAUUGGAGUUUCAGCAGCUGUGUGGACAAAGAUUCUGGCCACUUUGACUUCAAAAGAACUAACAUCCUAUGCAAAGGCGGGUGCAGUCGCUGAAGAAGUUCUGGUUGCAAUACGAACUGUUGUUGCUUUCAAUGGACAACAAAAAGCUUCAGAAAAAUAUGAAGCAAAUUUAGUAGAAGCUAAACAGCUUGGAGUGAAAAAGUCCAUCACAACAAAUUUAUCACUUGGAUUGUCACAGUUUUUUAUAUUUUGUGCUUAUGCUCUGGCAUUUUGGUAUGGGACAAAGCUUGCCAUUGAAGAACCUGACAAUUAUUCUAUUGGGAAAGUACUUAUUGUGUUCUUUUCUGUGCUCAUUGGGACGUUUUCACUGGGUCAGGCUGCACCCAAUUUAGAAAGCAUAGCAAAUGCUCGUGGAGCUGCAUAUGAAGUGUACAAAACAAUCGAUGAGCCACGGCCAAUUGACAGCAGUUCUAAAGAAGGAUACAAACCAGAUCAAAUAAAAGGUGACAUUGAAUUCAAGAAUAUUCAUUUUAGCUAUCCAACAAGGCCUGAUGUAAAGAUUUUGCAGGGAUUGAAUCUGAAAGUGCAAAGUGGAACAACAAUUGCUUUGGUGGGAUCCAGUGGCUGUGGAAAAAGUACAACAAUUCAACUUUUACAACGAUUCUAUGACCCUCUAGGUGGAGAAAUUACUCUUGAUGGACAAAACAUCCGUACCCUUAAUGUCAAAUGGCUAAGGGAGAAUAUUGGCAUAGUAAGUCAAGAACCAGUACUUUUUGCCACAACCAUUGCAGAAAAUAUACGAUAUGGCAGAGAAGAUGCAACAGAUGCAGAAAUUGAGCAAGCAAUUAAAGAGGCCAAUGCCUAUGAUUUUAUAUCUAGGCUUCCUGAUGGCUUAAAUACCAUGGUUGGGGAAAGAGGGGCACAGCUAAGUGGAGGACAGAAGCAGAGGAUUGCCAUUGCUCGGGCUAUUGUCAAGAAUCCAAAGAUUCUUCUCUUGGAUGAAGCAACCUCCGCCCUCGAUAAUCAGAGUGAAUUUAUUGUCCAGACAGCUUUAGAUAAGGCAAGAGCUGGUCGGACUACAAUUGUUAUUGCUCAUAGAUUAUCUACAAUCAGAACAGCUGAUAUUAUUGCUGGAUUUCAAAAUGGAGUUGUUUGUGAGCAAGGAACCCACAGUGAGCUAAUGGAAAUAAAAGGAUUGUACUACUCCCUUGUCAUGCAGCAGAGUAUGAAAAACGAAGAUGAAGAUAACGAGUAUGAGUCUGAUGAGAUGGAUGAAACAGAAGAUGAACUAGAAGUCCUUGAAAAUGAGAUUGCUGAAAUUAAAAGCACAAGAAGUCUCAGCAGGAGAUCAAUACGACGGCGAUCUACAGCUAGAGGUUCCAGGAGGUCACUAAAGAAGAAACAAAAGGAGGGAGAGGAAGAGGAAAAUCUCCCUGAGGCAUCACUUUCUAGAAUAUUAUCUCUAAAUAAAAAAGAGUGGCCCUACUUAAUUGUUGGACUGCUGGCUUCUGUAAUUGAUGGAGGCGUGUAUCCAUGUUUUGGGAUAAUAUUUGCAAAGAUUAUUGGAGUGUUUGGUGAGACUGAUCCUGUGAUAAGGAGUCAAAAAACAACAAUGUUUUCGCUCCUAUUUGUGCUACUUGGUGCAAUUUUCUUAGUGGUAAUGUCCUUGCAGGGAUACACAUUUGGAGUGUCUGGUGAGACCCUGACUUUGAAACUGAGAUCACUUUCUUUUAAAGCAAUAUUGAGACAAGAGAUCGGUUUUUUUGAUGAUCAUAAGAAUAGUGUGGGCGUUUUGAUAACAAGGCUUGCAACUGAUGCCUCUCUUGUCAAAGGGGCUGGUGGUUCAAGACUUGCACUAGGUAUUCAAUCUAUCUGUACUCUCUUACUUGCUGUAAUCAUUGCAUUUGUAUUUAGCUGGCAGUUAACUCUCCUUAUAUUAGCCUGCAUUCCAUUUCUUGUUGGAGCCAGCCUCGUUCGAAUGAAAUCUGUGGCUGGCCAUGCUUCCAAGGAUCAAAAUGCUCUAGAAGCCUCUGGAAAGAUUUCCACAGAAACUGUUGAAAAUAUUAGAACUGUUGUGUCAUUAACACGUGAAGAAAUAUUUUUCAAUAUGUACUGCAAAAGUCUAAGAGGUCCAUACAGGGCAGAACUGUAUAAAUCGCCACUAUAUGGUCUAACUUAUGCUAUUGGCCAGUCAAUUAACUUUUUUGUAAAUGCUGCAGUUUUCCGAUUAGGAUCAUGGCUUAUUGCACAUUGCCAAACACAAUUUGAAAAUGUGUAUAUAGUUUUCUCUGUAAUUGUAUUUGCGGCAAUGCAUGUUGGACAGACAUCAUCUUUUGCACCAGAUUUGGCUAAAGCUAAAGUAUCAGCCCAGAGAAUAUUUGCUCUACUAGAGAAGAAGCCAAAGAUUGACAUAUUUAGUACUGAAGGUCAAAAACUGGAUCAUUUUGAUGGUAACAUUGAAUUCCAAGAUGUCCACUUUGCUUACCCUACUAGGAAGAAUGUGCAGGUGUUGCAAGGACUUAAUGUGAAGGUUUCCAAAGGACAAACACUUGCACUGGUGGGAAGUAGUGGAUGUGGGAAAAGCACUUCUGUUCAGCUUCUUGAAAGAUUUUAUGAUCCAAUUAAUGGACAUGUGCUUGUAGAUGGAAAUGACAUUACAUCUUUGAACCUUGCCUGGUUACGAUCACAAAUAGGCAUAGUUUCCCAAGAACCCAUUCUGUUUGAUACAUCUAUUGCUGAAAAUAUUAGAUAUGGAGAUAACAGUAGAAGCGUGACACAAGAAGAAAUUGAAGAAGCUGCAAAGAAAGCUAAUAUCCACAGUUUUAUUGAAGAUUUACCAGAGAAAUACAGUACCAAAGUGGGAGACAAAGGAGCACAACUUUCAGGAGGACAGAAGCAGAGAAUUGCGAUUGCACGUGCCUUGGUUCGAAAUCCAAAGGUGCUGCUUUUGGAUGAGGCCACAUCAGCACUUGACACAGAAAGCGAGAAGAUAGUCCAGGAGGCCUUGGACGAAGCCAGACAAGGACGUACUUGCAUAAUUAUUGCACAUCGCUUAUCUACAAUUCAAAAUGCUGACAUCAUUGCAGUAAUCAGUAAUGGAGAAGUAGUUGAGCAGGGAACUCAUAGUGAACUGAUUGCUAAGGGUGGUGCUUACUAUGCACUUGCUAAUGCUCAAAGUGGACAUUAGUAUCAGCCUACAGUGUGGACUGCUAUUAAAAGACUCUGGCAAAGAUUAUGUUUUUGAUCAAGUCAAGAUGAAAUAUCAUUCUUGCUCUGCUGGCUGCACUUUUAAUUUUCCCCAGAAUCAAGAAAACACUGUUGCAUAAGUUAAAUUAGCAGUUUGCUUUGUCAAUUUGAUAAAGAUCUUCAGUAUAAAAAUGUGUAUUAUAAAAGCAACAUACCACUCAAUGUGUUGCCAAGAUAGAUUACUGUCAGCCAUCUCAGGUAAAAAAUAAGAGUUCAAUAUAGAUUUUGCUGAUUGUAAUUAAUAUUUCAUAGUCACUGUUUCUUUACACUGCUGUAUUCUCACAUUAAGAUUUCUUUACACAAGAAAAAAUGUGAUUUUACUUUGGCAUGCUAUGCAAUUUAUUUUUGCCUAAAAGGUUUAGCAUUCGGAGAUUUCGCUCUAAAUGAACUAUAAUUCAACAAACAUACUGCUGUAAUAACUUCUACUUUGUAUCUUGAAAGCUGGGGGAAGAUUAUAUAUAAUUGUGCAUCAAAUGCAUCUGCAACCUCUUAAACAAGAAACUAUAACUGAUUUUUCUUUUAUUUCUAUUAAAGAUAAAAAUGGAUCUGUAAGUGGUCAAACUAAACCUGUUAUUUGAAAGAACAUUCUACUGGUGGCAGUGUAACUAGUAGUCACAAGAGCACUAAAAAGUUCAAAGUCUGAUACAGUAAAGCUCAGUGUUACUAUGUUGUUUGAAGUGGUCAAGUCCUUUUAAACAAUGUUUCUUCAAAAUCACUGCAAAGAUUCAAAAAAGCAGCGAGUAUGCUUGUUAUUUGAAUUGAAAUGUCAGAUACACGGUAAAUUGCACUCAAAUAGUAUUGACUAGAAGUUAGCAGAAUCAUACAUAAUUACCUAAAUCAAGCCAUUAGUUCAAGAAACACCAUGGUAUUACUAUAAUGAACCUGUUGAAAGUUGCUGCAUUGAACUUGUGAAGAACCACCAUAUGAUAUUCAGAAAAUGUUCAAAUGUCAGUCACCUUCUGCUUUACAGAACUGAAACGACAGCAGCUCACUUGCAGCAGUUCUAUAUUCUUGCCAAAGAUCCUGAAAAAUAUGCAUAAGCCAUUCCUUGGUCUUUAUGCAAAUGCACUAAUAAGCCUAUGUUACAUGUGAUGUUUUUAUUCUUUACUGUAUUUAAGUUUUUUGUUAAGAUACAUUUAAUAAAUGUUACAUGUAUGAUACUGUGUUGUAAUUGAAAUGUAUAGUUGUUUGUAUACUGUUAUCUUAAGUUAAGCUUUCUUUUUCAAAUUGAAGUUCUGAAAUUGUCUUUUUAUUAAAUAAUUUAUCAUUCACCAAAUAUCCUCCAUAAAAAUUAAUUGAAAUGGGACUUACUUUAAAUAAAUACAAUGUAAAAAUUGUUGCAAGUAUGUGGACUUUUGCAUAUGGUCAGAUAUGCCAAUUAAAUAUUAACUUGGUAAAAAAAUACAAAAAUUGUUCAAACAGAUUUUAUGUGAUGAAGCUGAUGAGAAAGAUUAAGGAAACAAUACAAACGAGAAUCUGUGCAAAGGUAAAAAUCUUAACAAACAGGUACAAAAUGCACCACCAAUAAAUUUGGCACAUUCCAGUGAAAAAGACUGGCUAUGCAGAUCUUUCCAAGGGCACAUUCACAUGGGUGUGUCACAUUCUGUGUCACAGAAGUCUGCAUUCCACAGUAUUUUAAUCA